UUCGUUUCUGACUUAGUGACUUCUACUACUCGAACACUCCAAACCCUAAUUUGACCAUAAAACGGAGUUCUUCGUUAAUCGUUACCAUACAAGAUUUCAAUUCGUAGAACCUGUGUUGAAUAAUAUUGGAUUUUUUGCUUGAUCAGGUCCAGAGAGUUUCUAGGGUUGGAUUUCGUCAUCAUCAUUUUGCUUUGAGAUCUGUUUUUAGCAAUAAAGGGGAAUAACAGGUGAAUUCGUUGUGGCGGAUAAGGAAAAUCUAGGGUUAGGGUUUCUUUGGAUGCGUUGGCGGGAAUCCAUAUCCGUCAAGCGGGCUAAAAUAUUAGUCCUGGACCUGAGAUGGCCAAUCCCGGAGCCGGGAACAAGUUCGUAUCUGUGAAUCUCAACAAGUCCUAUGGCCAACAACAUCACAACCACCAUCCACAUCAUUCCAGUGCUUAUGGGACGGCCUGGACCCGACCUGGUAGUGGUGGAGGCGGAGGUGGAGGAAUGGUUGUGCUUUCAAGACCUCGCAGCUCACACAAGACUGGGCCGAAGCUUUCUGUUCCACCCCCCUUGAAUCUGCCGUCGCUGCGCAAGGAGCAUGAACGAUUUGAUUCAUUGGGAUCCAGUGGCGGGCCAAGUGGAGGUGCCCUGGGGAGUGGGCCGCGCCCCACUUCAUCCGGUGUGGGGUGGACUAAGCCAGCUACAAUCUCUUCACAAGAGAAGGAAGUAGUUGAUCAUCACGAUAAUGCUGAUCCGGGAUUGCAAAUUAAGGUUGAUGGUGGGAGUAAAGGGAGUGGGAACCUGUAUACACCACCAACGGUUCAGUCAGUAACUGUAGGAGCUGCAGUUUCUGGUUAUUCACAAUUGGGUAAAGCAACGGUGUUGAGGGGUGAAGAGUUUCCUUCCUUGCGUGCAACUCUGCUUGCCACAGUUAGGAAUGAAAAGAAGCAGAAGGAUGUUUUGAACCAGAAACAGAAACAGCUGAUUAGUGAGGACUUUUCCUAUGAGCAGAGGAAUAGUUCUCAAUUGAGCAGUUCACAUGUUGACAUGCGGCCUCAGUUUCAGCCAUCCUCACGCAAUGGUGGGUUGAAUGCAAACAGUGGUCACGGUAAUGGUUUGGGUGGUUACCGUGAGCAUGUUAGGAAGCGGGAUGAAUACUUUUUGGGGCCAUUGCCACUGGUCCCUUUGAACCCGAGAUCUGAUUGGGAAGAUGAUGAGCGUGAUACUGGUCAUGGUUUGACAGAUCGGAGUAGAAACCAUGGGCUUUCGAAGACUGAACCAUAUUGGGUUGGAGAUUUUGACAUGCAUAGGGCUAGUGUCUUGCCACUCAAACCAGCCCAUAGUCUUUCUGAUAAAUGGGGACAGCGUGACAAUGAAGCUGGGAGGUUUUCUUCUAGUGAAGUCGCUAAAACUGACCCUUAUGGGAAAGACGUCAGAACACCUAGUAGAGAAGAACGUGAAAGAAACUCAUGGCGAGCACCUUCUCUUUUAAAAGAUGAUCUCGAUGCUCAAAUUGUUGGAAAGGACCGGAAUGAUAUUGGUGCAAGGCCCUCUGGUUUGAAUAGAGAAACGAUUACAGAGAAUAAAUAUGUUUCAUCCUCUUUUCGAGAAAAUACUCAAGUUGAUGUUGGAAGGAGAGACUUAGGGCAUGCACAGGGAGAGAGACAAUUUUGGAACAGCUCAGUGGAUUCACGUGGCAGUCGACGGGCCGAAUGGAAUACACAAGAAGGAUAUGGCAGUGAACAAUCAAACAGAUACAGAGGGAGAGGGAAUGCUUUUCAGAAUAGCACAGCAUCUAAACCAUCACAUUUGUCUGAUAGUAAAGUGCCUCUUGCCAAUAAUCCCACACUGAAUUUUGGUGGGGAGAAACCAUCCCUCAAGAGUGAAAAAUCUUAUCUGGAGGACACAUUUAUGAAAGACUAUGGUUCUGGUUUUGAUGGAAGGGAUCCCUUUUCUGGAGGUCUUGUUGGGGUGGUUAAGCGAAAGAAAGAUGUGGUGAAACAGACUGAUUUUCAUGACCCUGUAAGAGAUUCCUUUGAGGCUGAACUUGAGAGAGUUCAAAAGAUGCAGGAGCUGGAGCGGCAGCGAAUAAUUGAAGAACAGGAAAGAGCUAUGGAGCUAGCUCGAAGAGAGGAAGAAGAGAGACUUCGACUGGCAAGGGAAGAAGAAGAAUUGCGGAGAAGGUUGGAGGAAGAAGCGCGAGAAGCUGCAUUGAGAGCUGAACAGGAGCAAGUCGAAGCUUUACGAAGAGCUGAAGAGCAGAGGAUAACCAGAGAAGAGGAGAAACGCAUGAUGAUUAUGGAAGAAGAAAGGAGGAAACAGGCUGCUAGGCAAAAACUUAUGGAACUGGAGGAAAGAAUUACGAAGAGGCAGGCUGAAGUUGCAAAGGGGGGUGGUAGUACUUCGUUACUACCAAAUGUUACAAUGCCUGGGUUGGCAACAGAAAAAGAAGUAUCUAAAGGGGCAGAUGUCAAUGAUUGGGAAGAUGGUGAAAGGAUGGUGGAGAGGAUAACAUCUUCAGCAUCAUCUGAUUCCUCGGAUCUUAAUAGACACUUCGAGAUGGGUUCUAGGCCUCACUUGUCUAGAGAUGUUUCUUCAAGCGUUUUAGACCGAGGUAAGCCUGUGAAUUCAUGGAGAAGGGAUGUUUUUGAGAAUGGCAAUGGCUCUACCUUCACUCUACCUGAUCAGGAUAAUGGUCAUCAUAGUCCUGUGCGAGACACAUCUUCUGGUGGAAGAGCCUUUUCAAGGAAAGAGUUCUACGGAGGAGCUGAAUUCAUGCCUUCUGGAAUUUUUCAUAAAGGAGGGAUUUUAGAGCCUCAUGCUGAUGAUUUCUCUCAUUUCAGGGGUCAGAGAUGGAAUAUUUCAGGGAAUGGGGAUCACUAUGGCAGACACGCAGACGUUGAAUCUGAAUAUCAUGAGAACCUUACUGAGAAAUUUGGUGAUACUGGAUGGGGACAGGAUCGAUCUCAUGGCAGUCCUUAUACUUCAUACUUUGAAAGAAUGAAACCUAAUUCUGUGGCUGAUGGCCUCUACUCCUUUGAGAGGUCACGGUAUUCCAUGAGGCAGCCUCGCGUUCUACCUCCUCCAUCUUUUACUUCAAUGAACAGAAGCCAAUAUAGAGGCGAGAAUGAACUCACUAGUACUUCAAAUAUUGCUGACAAUGAGAUGCCUUAUAAUCAUGGAGCAAGAAGCGAAGAUACCAUGCAGACUGGAAGUGGUUAUCAAGGGACUAUUGGCCAGGCUGAAAUAGCUGAUACCCAGCAAGAGAAAACUGAAGGUGUGGAGAAGAAAUUGGGUAAGAGCACUGUAAGGUGUGACUCACAGUCCUCUCUAUCAGUUACAAGCCCUCCUGAUUCUCCAAUUCAUUUAUCACAUGAUGACAUGGAGGAAUCUAGAGAUUCUACAGUGUUAUCUGCUGCUGAAGAGGGUAAAGAGUUUGAUUUGUCUGAACCGGGAGCUGUAGGAUCGUCUACUGAGGCUGGGAAAGAGAAUGUCAUGAGUGCCUCUGCAUCAAUUGGUGAUGAUGAAGAAUGGACCGUAGACAACGAUGAACAACUGCUGGAGCAAGAGGAGUAUGAUGAAGACGAAGACGGAUACCAUGAAGAAGACGAAGUGCAUGCCGUAGGUGAUGACCUGGUGCAGGAGUUUGAAAAGACGCAUCUAGAAGAGAAAGACUCAUCGCAGGUGGUGGACAACUUGGUACUAGGCUUCAAUGAGGGUGUUGAGGUUGGGAUGCCAAGUGAUGAGUUUGAAAGAAGUGCUAGCAAUGAAGAGACUGCGUAUGUGAUGCCUCAUAUGUCUGUUGCCACUGUUGACGAAGAGGGAUCUUUUAAUGUCAUGGAUCACAAUGGACAAGUCCUUCCAUCUGUAAAUGGUCAGUCGCAAGUAAGUGUUGAUAAUUCUUCCAGAAUUUCCCAUGAAACUGAGAAAGCAAUGCAGGAUUUCGCUAUUCAGCCAAGUAUUGCUCUUAAAACAUCUGCAUCAUCAGAUCUGAUGGAUCCCGUUAUAAUUUCUAAUAUGGCGGGUUCAACUCAGCAGCAGUCAGUCUCAUCUUCGUUCGUUCAGACAUUUGUGUCUAACUCAAGUUUUGCUUCUAGUCAGACAAAGGUACCUGUCCAGCUUCAGUUUGGGCUGUUUUCUGGUCCUUCUCUGAUACCAUCACCUGUUCCAGCAAUACAGAUAGGUUCAAUACAGAUGCCUCUUCAUCUGCAUCCCCAGGUUGGCCCAUCACCAGCCCAUGUACACCCAUCACAACCUCCUUUAUUCCAGUUUGGUCAGCUAAGGUACACAACUCCUAUUUCUCAGGGGGUACUGCCAUUGGCUCCUCAAUCAAUGUCUUUUGCUCAGCCCAAUGUUCCAGCUAGUUUUUCUUUUCAUCAGAACCAGGGAGUUUCUCUGCCAGGUCUACCUGCCCAAGACAUAACAGCUGAAAAUCUCGUCAAGAAUGGUGUCGUGUCUGCAUUGAUGGAUAACCAACCAGGUCUUGUUCCUAGGCCCCUGGAUCCAUCUCACGGAAUAGGUGUGUUGAAUGGGUAUAACUCAAAUUCUGCAAGAGAAAAUUCAGAAGUGAUUCAGCAGGAUCGUAAAGAGACAUCUCUUAUUGUUGGCAGCAGUUUAUGGACUGAAUCAGAACUUCAAGCAGAAGAUUCAGUUGUGAAGAACCUGAAAGCCAUAGCCACCAAAGAUUUUGGAGGGCAGCCUAAAACUGGUGUGGCAUCAUCUAAGUCAGUAGCCAAAGAAAAAGACACAAGCACAUCAAAGGGACAGGGCCUGGCAUCAGCUGGCAGGGGGGAAAAAUACAUCUUUGCUGUGAAAACUUCAGUCUCAAGAUCAUCUCUUUUGGCUCCUGAUGCCUUCAUCUCAGAUUCCAGUGGAAUUCAGAGGAGGCCUCGUCGUCAAAGAACCGAGUUUCGAGUUCGGGAUAAUGCUGAUAAAAAGCAAUAUACUGGUAUGGUUCCAUCAAACCAGUGUGGGCUGGAUGAUAAGUCCGACACCAAUGGAAAAAAUACCGGAAUUUCCACAAGAAUUGGGCCUCGGAAGGUGGUGGUGUCGAAUAGACCAUUAAAGCAGUCAUUUGAUUCGGAAGCCUUGAUGCCAGGUUUGAUUAAUUCACAAGGUAUAGAUUCACCGAGCAAGCCUGAUAAGGGAGGUGGAAAAGAUUCAUCCGCGAAGAGUCGUAACGUUUCUCACUUUGCAGAUGGAACACUUAAAAGAAACAUUCGCUCUGAGGAGGUUGUUGACACUCCCAUGCAGAGUGGGAUUGUGCGUGUGUUUGAGCAACCUGGCAUAGAAGCUCCUAGUGACGAAGAUGAUUUUAUUGAAGUGCGGUCAAAGAGGCAAAUGCUGAAUGAUCGGCGUGAACAGAGGGAGAAGGAAACCAAGGUGAAGACUCUCGUCACAAAGACACCAAGUAAACCUUGUUCUUCAUUGCAAGAUACUACUGUUUCUGGCACCUCAAAUAAAGUUUCCACACCGAUGAUAGGAGAAGGAGCAAGCAGCAUUUGCUCUGAGUCUGUUGCCUCUGAGGGGCAUGGCUUCUCAAACAUUGAAGUAUCAGCAGGAUUUAGUAGCUUAGUGUCCCAACCAUUAGCUCCAAUUGGCACUCCUGCUGUAAAAUCUGAUAUCCAGUUUGAUAUAAGAUCCCAGCCAAUCAAGUUCCUCGAGACAAGCCCUCUCCCUGUUGGAUGUAGUGGCAAAAGGAAUCUUGCUCCAGCAUCAAACAAGGUUUUGGAUAAUGUUCAAACGCCUCUGGGUUCUUGGGGGAAUUCUCGGGCUACUCAACAGGUUCUGGCAAUUUCACAAGCUCAACUUGAUGAGGCUAUGAAGCCUGCAGAGUUUGAUUCAAGGGCUUCUAUUUUGGAUCAUUCCUGCUCAGUAAGCAACUCUAGUAUGUCGUCAUCAUCAAUUUUGGCAAAGGACAAAUCUUUUCCAUCUACUGCUAGUCCGAUAAAUUCAUUGCUUGCGGGAGAGAAGAUACAGUUUGGUGCAGUCACAUCUCCGACAAUUCUCCCUCCUAGUAGUCGUGCUGUUUCUCAUGGGAUUGGUCCUCCUGGUCUUUGUCGAUCAGACAUUCAGAUUUCCCGUAAUCUUUCUACCACUGAGAAUGAUUGCUCUCAUUUCUUUGAAAAGGAUAAGCAUUCAAAUGAAUCAUGUGUACGCUUGGAAGAUUCUGAAGCUGAGGCCGAAGCAGCAGCAUCAGCCAUUGCAGUCGCAGCAAUAAGCAGUGAUGACAGUGUUAGGAAUGGGCUGGGCACUUGCCCCAUAAUUGUUUCAGAUACCAAAAGCUUUGUGCAUGCAGAAACUGAUGGAACAGCAGCAGGAGUUGCUGGUGAUCUGCAAUCAGGAAGCCAAUCUAGGGCAGAAGAGUCACUGGGUCUAGCUCUUCCUGCAGAUCUUUCAGUUGAAACCCCGCCAAUUUCAUUAUGGCCUCCACUACCUAGUACACAAAAUACCUCAAGCCAGAUGCUUUCACAUUUCCCUGGAGCCCCACCUUCUCAUUUUCCAUUCUACGAGAUGAAUCCCAUGUUGGGGGGUACAUUUUUUGCUUUUGGACCACACGAUGAAACUUCAUCUAGUCAAUCACAGUCCCAGAAGACUAGUACAUCGGUUUCUGGUCCACUUGGCACCUGGCAACAAUGUCAUUCUGGUGUAGACUCAUUAUAUGGUCCUUCAGCAGGAUUUACUGGUCCUUUCAUCAGCUCAGCUGCAGGCAUACAAGGUGUUCAAGGCCCACCACACAUGGUUGUCUAUAACCAUUUUGCACCAGUUGGACAGUUUGGACAAGUUGGGUUGAGUUUCAUGGGCACCACCUAUAUCCCAUCAGGAAAGCAACCUGACUGGAAGCACAACCCUGCAUCUUCGGCCAUGAAUGUUGGUGAAGGUGGGGAAAUGAGUAAUUUGAACAUGGUUUCAGCUCAGAGGAAUCCUAAUAACAUACCUGCUAUUCAGCAUCUUGUCCCCGGGUCUCCACUUCUGCCAAUGGCUUCUCCUUUGGCCAUGUUUGAUGUUUCUCCUUUCCAGUCUUCACCCGACAUGCCCGUUCAAGCUCGCUGGUCACAUAUUUCUGCAUCACCUCUUCAGCAGUCUGUUCCUCUGUCAAUGCCAUUGCAGCAACCAGCUGAACUACAAAUACCUUCUCAGUUUAACCCAGUGCAUCGUCUUGACCAAUCGUUGAGUACCAACAGGUUUCCUGAUUCUCAGACAUCAGUCCCUUCAGACAACACCCGGAACUUCAUAGUGUCAACACAUGCAACAGUAACCCAACUGCCUGAUGAACUGGGUUUGGUAGACCAAACAAGCUCCACAAGUGCUGGGCCCUCAACACAAAAUGCGACUGUGGGUGCCAAGGGAUCCUCCAUGGGUGGUGCCAUGGAUGUUGGCAAGAGUGAUGUUCGGAAUGGAAGCCGCAGCAACAGCACUGGCCCGUACUGUGGCCCACAAUACGGCAAUUCCUCCGGGUAUAAUAAUCAGAGGGGAAGCGGAAUUCCACAAAGGAGUAGUUCUGGGGGAGAAUGGUCCCACCGCCGAAUGGGUUUCCAAGGGAAAAAUCAAUCUUCAGGUCCUGAAAAGAGCUUUCCCCAUUUAAAGACGAAACAAAUUUAUGUAGCUAAACAGACCCCUAGUGGAACAUCAAAAGCAUUGUGAAGAGGGUUCGAUUGAUUUUUCAGAAUGAGUAUUUUGGUUACUUUUUGGCAGAAGAUUUACAGCUGUUGUAGGAUAAUUUUGAGUGUCUUUGGAUUUUCCAGUUUCCACGGAUUGGAUAUACUGGUCUUGAUAAGAUAGUUGAGAGAACUCCUUGAUUAUUUUCCCUAUUUUGGUUUCUUUCUUAUCUUUUUAUUUUAGCGAGGAAGGGAAGGAAUUUAUAAUAUGAGAAUGAGAUGGCCUGGUAGAUGCCCAUCUUAAUGUAUUAUGAUUGUUGUAUCAAGAUGUUACCUUUAUGUUUUUCUUAUGUUCGUAAUGAAAAAUUGAGCUUUGGCAAUA